AAUAUCUGUUUCUAAGCUGUACUCUCGUUCAAGAAAGUUAGAUUAGCAAUAUCAGUGAAAACAAUUUGCUCUCACGAGUGGUUUCGUGAUAACUUUCGUUCAUAAUCUUCGAUUUGCAGAUGUUGUCAUGGUUCCCUUGUAAACUAAAGAAGUUCCGUGAACUCCAAAUUCGGAAAACUGAGCCCACGAAAAAUACGUCGAUGUUUUACGUGAUAUCAAUGUUAAUUUGGUUUCUAAGAUAUUUGUGAUCAAAAGCUAAACAGAGAUGGACGGAGAGUGCCUUUCUGUUACCGUGGUAGACAGAGUGGCGAAGCUGGACACUCUUGGCGGAUAUGUAUUUUUGGUGUUUUUGUUGUGCCUUCUGGUUGGAUUCAUCCUUGGCCUUCUGUUAGCUCGUUGUAUUCUACGAGAAUUAGAGGAGCAAUACUCUCUAAGGAGAAGCAAGUCUGAAUCUGCCGCAAUUCUAAUUGAAGUAGAAAAUGAGGCACAUGUGCAAGAUACAUCUGGAAAGAAAAUGGGAAGUAACAGGAUUGCGCCAAUGCCUUUGCCAGCCAAGAACACAGCUGAGGUUGCCAUAGAAAUGGAACCAACUCAUCUUAGCACUGGCAGUCUUCAUAGUCAGUCAGCAUGGACAGGAGAAAAUGACAAUAAUCAGCAAUCAGUUGUUGAUGCUCUGAGCAAACCUUCUGGAGAAGAGAUGGAAGUUGAGCUUCAAAAGCAGGAUUUCAAAGCCAUUGAGAACAUGGAAACCAGUCUCAGACUCCAGAAGAAUGAGACAUUCCUGCAGUUGUUAAAGAUGAUUCUGAGCUUCUUAGUGAGUAAAUCCAGAAUAAGUGGAGGAUUUCGAAGAGAUUCUCUUGCAAAGUAUGAGCAGGCAAUCGAAGACAUAGACAGCAAUGCAAAGGAGGAAAUGAAAGCUGAAGAACAGGAGCUGAGAAACACCAUUGUAGAUCCAGUGGAACUUGAUCAAGCAAUAGAGAGUCUUCAUUCCAAGUACUCCAAGAAAAUGACCUCAGAGAGAAUGGAACUUCAGGAUAAAUUAAGAACAGAUCUCUUGCAGAACACAGAACUCUCGGAAGAAGAGGCAGAGCAGAUUGUUGCCAAACUCAUGAUGAACAUGGCUGCUGUAGAUAGACGAUUAGCUGAGGAGGCCAGUCGGCAAAAUCUGGUUUUGCAUGAAAGACUUGCUCGAAGACAAGCACUUGCUCAACAGAGAGCUGCUGAUAAUCAAGAGGAAAAAGAGGAUUUUGGUGAAAGGUUGAAGCUACCACAGAAUAAUUUGGAUGUUCUAUCCAAAAGAGGAAAGCUUCUGGAAGACCAAAAAGAGAGGAUUAUGGAGGAAUAUGAACAAGAUCUUCGAGUCUUAGAAGAGAAACACCAACAAGCUAUCCUUAAGAGUCAAAAUGAUUUGAAUGAGAAACUGAAAAGAAAGCGGGAACAAAGAAUGAGAAAACUAGAGAUGGAACAAGCAGCAGAAAAGGAGGAUUUUGAAAGAAAGGCCAGCCAGUUGAUCAGUGAAGGUGAAAUGACAGCUGAAGACUUCCUGGAGUCAAGCCACAAACUGAGAGUGCAGCAACAAGUUGCAAGGGAAGAAGAGGAAGACAAGGCUGAUGAUUCAGAAGUACAGGAAUUCAAUAACCUCAGACAGAAAUUAGAAGAAAAGAGACAGCGAAAUUUGCAGGAAAGAGAGGAAGCCUUGUUUGAACAGAUUAGAAAGGAAGCGCAUUUGUCGUCAAAGGAAGCUGAGAAACUGAUGACUAAGCAUUUGGAAGACCUCAAGGAGUCUAAUGAGAGGAAGACCCGAGAGCGCGAGAGGCAGCGGGCAAUGAUUCAAGAAAAACUGGAAGAAAGAAAGAAGAGAUGGGAGAGAGACAUGGAAAGACAACAAGCCGAGCAGAGUCAGCUGGUCGCAGAACAAGAGAAAGCCAUUAAACAAGUGUUGAACACUCAAGCGGGACUUGCUGAAGACUUACGCAAACAGGUGAUGCUAGAACACGAACAAAACAUGAUAGCGCUAAACGACCAUUUGCAGAUGACCAGGCUGAGACAACAGAAAAGAUUGGAGCAACGCCUUGCAACCCGCCGAGCUAGACUUGCUGAACUAAGGCAACAAAUGGAAAAAGAGCGAGAAGAGCAAUCCCAGAAUGACCCUGAGGCCAUGAAAACCCUCACAAGGGUUCAGAACAUCGAAUAUCAAGCUGAAGUGAAGAAAAUCGAGGCUGAACAUCAAGCUGCUUUAGAAGACUUGAGAAGACGUUUGGCGGCCGAAACAGACGAAGCUUUAAAAGAACAAGAUGAGAGACUUGGAAAAAUCUUGGCUAAAUUGCAGGUGGCAGUGGCAAGGCGAGAGGAGAUCAUCAAGAGGCAAGAUGAAGCUAUUCGUUCCCUGGAGAAAAAGCUGGUAGAGAACAUGACGAGAGAAGGCACACUGGCUGAUGCGCAAACAGAUAAAAUCAUGAAACAACAUCAAAAACAAGUGGACAAGUUGAAUGCGCAGAUUGACAUGGAGAAGGAAAAACAGAUGGAAAAAAUACGAGAAAAAAUUGCUGCAAAGCAGCAGAAGAAAGCGAGAGCCCUGGAGGUCAAGCUGCUCCAAGAGCAAGAGGAACAAACGAGCAAAGCAGCGCAAUCCGCUGGGUCUAAAAUAUAUCUCCUGUUAGCGGAGCAGCGCCAUAGAAGAGAGUUAGAGGAUUUGGAGCGUGAAAUGCAGCUCGAUCUAGCCCACCAGCUGGAACAAGUUAAUAAAGAAAUGGACGAAAUGCUGAUGGUCGACUUGCAGGAGGAAGAAAAGAAGUUUAUUGCCACCUUAGCUGAGAAUAGUGCAGCUACAGAAGAAGAACUGCUUCAGACAAUUAAGAAUUCUGCAUCAGAGGUGGGAAUGGACUCUAAGCUAACCAAGAGCAUCACUAAAGAUGUUCGUAAACGAGUGAGAAGUGCACGAACUCCAGCUCCUGACGCGUGACCUGUGACUUGGCUCGUGUGUUGACCUGUGACCUUUAUUGUAACCUGCAGGAUACGCGGUUUUGCGGCGUUAUACAUUGCAUGGGAAAUAUUGCAUGAAAUUCAUACCACAUUGCCUCAUUCUUCAAGCAUGCGCACAUACAAAAAAAAAAACAGUCUUGCUAACUGCUGUUGUGAUAUUGAAGGGAACCUCUUAAUACGCACCAGUUGGCCUCGGAAUGUUCAUCAAGGAUAACUUCAUUACGCUGGCGAGCUUUUGGGUUGCACAUAUUUAAUAUCAAUAAGUUAAAAUUGUACAGAGGAGGAGAAGCCAGGCCUCGAGUGUGUGGAAUUAGAGUGAAUAUCCAUCCCACUGCUCUAUGUAGAUAUUUAUUCUUAUUUGAAUCCAAAAACUGUUAUUUCAGUAUUAAGUUGGGAUUAACUCGUGUACUUAUGCAUUAUCGUUUUCAUUAAACAAGAGAGUGAAUGUU